AUGGAUCGCUUCGCCGAACAAUUAUUUGGCAAGCAGGACCAGUCGUCUCGUGCUCGACUGCCAGAGGAGCCCAGUUUCAUGGAAACAUUCGCCAAGAACCUGGCCAAAUCCGCUGCAAAAUCCGCUGCCAAACGGGCCAUGGGCCAGUCCUCUUCUGAGAAGCGAACCCGCGAUUGGGCUCGGGGUACCAAUAGCAACCAGAUUAACCCUGAGGACUUUCGCGGCGUUGCGGAGUUUGUCAUCGGUAUGCUGAGCAGUAACAGCAAGUCUGAGCAGCCCAGAAAGGGUGAGGAUGACCGAAAGAAAGAUAGGAAGAGGAAGAGGGACAAGGACAAGGACAAGGAUAGGAGCAGAGAAGUUCCAAGGAGUAGGGAUGCGGAGGAUGAGGGCGAGAAGUAUGGGUCGGAUAAGGAGAGGCGCAAGAGGAGACGUCAUCGUGUUACCUUUGCAGAGCCGUACUAUGAUGCUCGCCCUCAGGAAGAAACUUACUAUCCACCGCCUUACGAGCCUCGCCGCCGUCGCGACCGCCAACACGAACAGGAUCCUAGGCAAGGCCCGGGACAGAGCCAAGGAAAAGAGGAAAGACAAAGUCGAGGCGAAUACGACAAGACGGAUGACCGAGAAGAACGAAGACGUCGUCGUCGCCAACGCCGCUACAAGCGAGACCUAGAUCUCAAGACCCUCAAGACAGAGCUGGAAGCCAUGUCGAGCACCAUCAUUUCUCUCAAUGCGCGGGGCGCCAGUCACCGCGACUGCGAGUUCUACGAUCGCUUUGUUCGAAAGGGCGGCAGACUGCAGGAUGUGAUCGGAAGCACAUUGGGUCAGAUCAGGGGAUUGCAGGAUGGUGACACUGAGGCGGAGGAGAGGAGACGAAAGAGGGAUAGCAGGAGAAGGGAGAAGAGGUGA